CUAGCUUGUCAUGUGAAGGGUCUCCACACCGUGCGUAGCAAGAACGCCAUUAGCCUAGCAUAGCAUCCGGUGAAUAAGCCAUUAUCACACGGACCUAAACAUGAUAUGAAAGCGUGCUUGUGACAGUCACGUCGUGUGUAUGAGUCGACUUGCGUUGAUGUGGACGUUUUUAUUUUUGAUAAAGAAAGAAAGAAAUGCUCAACGUUUGUUUACCGGCGCGUUUAUGUUAGCCUGCUAAUUCCAGCUAACUAGCAUCCUGGCUAACAGGAAACCAGUCAGCAGACUGACAGGGAGCAGCAAAGAUUUGUGAAAACUUCAAGCAAUGGAUUGCGACUCAGAAGCCACAUCUGAGCGAAUUCUGCUGGAACCCUACAAGUACUUGUUGCAACUACCAGGAAAACAGGUGAGGACAAAACUAUCCCAAGCAUUUAACCACUGGCUCAAUGUUCCAGAGGACAAACUGCAGGGGAUCAUCGAGGUGACGGAGAUGCUGCACAACGCCAGCUUGCUCAUAGACGACAUCGAGGACAGCUCCACGCUGCGGAGAGGCUUCCCAGUGGCCCACAGCAUCUACGGCAUCCCCUCCGUCAUCAACUCAGCCAACUAUGUGUACUUCCUGGGCCUGGAGAAGGUGCUGACCCUGGAGCACCCUGAGGCUGUCCCAGUGUUCACCAGGCAGCUGCUGGAGCUGCACCGCGGCCAGGGCCUGGACAUCCACUGGAGGGACACCUACACCUGUCCCACGGAGCAGGAGUACCGCAACAUGGUGCUUCAGAAGACUGGAGGGCUGUUUGGCCUGGCCGUGGGCCUGAUGCAGAUCUUCUCAGACUGGAAACAGGACCUGAAGCCCCUCCUGGACACACUGGGCCUCUUCUUCCAGAUCCGCGACGAUUACGCCAACCUGAGCUCUCGCGAGUACAGCGAGAACAAGAGCUUCUGCGAGGACCUCACCGAGGGCAAGUUCUCUUUCCCAACCAUUCAUGCCAUUUGGUCACGUCCCGAGAGCACACAGGUGCAGAACAUCCUGAGGCAGCGCACGGAGAACAUGGACAUAAAACGCUACUGUGUGGACUACCUGGAGAAGGUGGGCUCUUUCGCCUACACCCGACAGACACUGCGCGACCUGGAGAUAGAGGUGUACCGCCUCAUCCAGGGGUUUGGGGGAAACCCUCAACUGGAGAGCCUGGUCAAACACCUCAGCCAAAUGCAUCAGGAGCCUGAAGCCCCAGCAGAGGCCAGUCCUGAGCCACACUCCAGCCAAAACGACUGACCUCACUCACAUCCUACCCCCACACACUCCACCAAACGUGUGCUAAUACAGUUAUACAGAUAUACACAUUUACCAAAAACCUCAUCACACAUUGCAGAAUGUUCAUGUUACAACAAAAACUUGAGCUUUUGAAUUCUGCUUUGACUGCAUACAGCGGAACCAAAACCGCAAAGCAGCCCUAAAUGUUGCCUUUCUCUUUGUGUGCUGGAUGGCAUCCUUCACAUGUUGUCACUUUUUGUAUCCAAUUGUAGCUGUGCAGUCAGUGGAAGAAAUACAUUUCAAAAGAAAACAUCUUACCUUGGUAUUAUGUUUGGUUUUCUGAAAAUGAAAAAAUAACCAGAUGUCAACAGAGCUUAAAAGGCUUUCUUUUCAUGUGCAUAUAAAUGUUUUUUAGUUUUUUUUUAUGCUUCCAAACAGAAAUGGUUUAUCUGGAGCUGAGUAAAAUCUGGGUGUUUGGAAUAAGAUGUCUCGAAUGUGUGACGUGUGAUUUGAGUAUCCUUAAUCAUUAAGCCGCCAGAGUGCCAAUCCUGAAGAAAAGAAACUGCAACUCAAGUGUCUGCUUCUUAUGUAACCAGCCGGUAUUAUAUGCAAAGCAGUGUUCGUGCUGAUUAUGCUCGGCUGUAUAUGAAUACUGUUGAUGUUCGUAGCAGACUGCGUUUCCAUUUGGUUCAGAUUCAACACAGCUCUUUGCAUCCCUUGUAUUUUAUUAGGGAGACUCAGUGACGCUAUGUGUAGACCCUGCUGCAGUUAAGAACUUCUUUUGCACAUAUUAAAAAUAUGUAUAUAUGUAUAUACAAAUAAACAU